CGUCUCUCACUACAAGUAGCCGCGGCCAGCGCCCGCAGGAAGAGAGAGAUCUGAGCAGGAGAGUCGAGUCCUCGGAAUAAAUCACGCCAAAACCCAACCCAACAGAAACACACAGAACGGAGGCCGACGCCGCGAGAGAGGGACACAGAUCCGUCUCGCCGACCGAUCGCGCACGCGCCCGGAUCGAUCUCGCUCGUCCCGUCCCGCCGCGCCCGGAGCGGAGCGGGGUCGACGGCGGAGGAGAGGUGCUGCCCGGAUCCGCGGCCUGAGUUGAUCGGGGCGUGAUCCGCGGUUGUGCGGCAAUGACGGCCGAGGGGACGGCGCGCGGCGGCGCCGGCGAGGCGCCCAAGGCGGAAUUGGCGGCGGCCAAGGCGGUCUCCCCGACCGGGGAGGAGCGCGAGGGGGUGGGCGGCCCCUUCGUGAUCGUCAACGGCGACUCCGACGGCCACUCGGACCCGGGCUCGGACACGGGCGCCGGGGCCGAGCCGGAUUCCCGCCCGGAGGAGGAGGAUCUGCCCCGGGCCAAUGCAGCCCCGGCUGCUGACGCGGGCGGAGACCACCCCACCGCCGGUGGGGAAUUGGCCGCUCCCGACGGCGCUGUCGGCCUUCCAUCCUCCAACGGGCAUGCUAGCCCCGCUCCGGUGGAGUCUGAGGCUGAUGGCGUGGGCGAAGUAGAAGGUGAGGGAAGCCACAAUUCUGAAGCUGGACCGAGGGACCAGGGCACUGCUGCCGCUGGAGAGCUUGAUGGUCAAGAUGCAGCAACAGAACUUAAGAUUGACCAUGCUGACGCUGGUGAUGAUUCUGCUCCACCUGCCGUGGAAUCCGUGCUUAAUGUCAAGGAUGGAGAAAGUGAAAAAGGUGCUGCCACUGAGGUUGUUGCUCCUGAAGAACAGCAGGAUGAAGAGAAGAAUGCUCCAGCGGAGAGUGGUUCAGAUAACCCCGCCACACAUGCUGAGUCUGGUUCCAUUGUCUUGGAUUCUGAGGGCAGUGGCGAGCAGAGCAAAGGAGAAGAGAUUGCUGCUGAGAUCAUGGAGCCAGGUACAGAUGGAUCAGGUAUCUCGGGGGUGACUGAACAGCAUGAUGCUGACACAAGUGUGACUGCCACUGAUCCUGUGAUUCACGUUGAUGAGGGCAAACAUGAGCAUGCUGCAGUCACAGAGCUGGUGGAGCAGGAUGGGAGCAACGGGCAUGACCAUGUUGAGCAGAUUGCUGAUUCUGGCACAUCUGCUCCUGAGAUAGAAGCUGAUGGGAGCAAAGGGCAGCAAGUAGAAGCACUGACGACUGAGCCUGAAGUAUUGGAUGGAGGCGAUUGUGAAGCGGCUUCUAAGGGACCUUCAGAAGAGGAAGUUGUUGCAAACGGGCUUGGCUGUGCCAAGGACACUGCUGACACUUCUUUGGAGCUUGAGGGAGAGAGCGAAGUUGCCUAUGGUGUGGUUGAAGUGGAGGACGUAGUAGGAAAGGAUGGUGAGGGGGAUUUGCAUGAUGGUCAUAUGGUUGUUGUCCCCUCAUCUGACGAGGAAGCAAAACCUCCCGCAAAGGAGGGUACAAAUGAGGCCAUUCCUGCUGAAGUUGUGAAGGAGGGAAUAAGCGAACAAAUUGUGCAAGAUAAUGAAUCCGUUGAGGAUGAUGUCUCUUCUGUCACACAUCAGUCAGUAAAUUCAGAAGCUCCAGUUGUUGAACCUAAGGGGGAUCACAUACUCCAGGUAGAAGAUGCCGCAGGUGAUGGAAACACUGCAGUUUCUGAUGUGAAGGCUGUCAUGUUGGAAAUGAACACAGCAGAUAGCGUUCAAACACCAGAUAUCAAGUGUGCAUCUGAAGACAGGAGUGUACCAUUGCAUGCGAAUUCGUCUGACCAAGUUGAGGAGGAGGUAAACAAAGAAGUGUCCCCUGAGGACGCACAUUUAGCCCAGAAUGAGCAGUUGGAAUUACCUGGCACUGGUGCAGCUGCAGCUGAUAAAAGUGACAAUGCUGUGGUAGAGGCAGAACCAGGUAAAGAGAUGGAGGUUGUUGAAGACGUUGCGUUGCAUGCGGCUGCAGCAUCUACUUUCCAUAAUGAGCCAAGGUCCAUUGAUUUCAUUGAUAACAAUUACGUAAAACCGGAUACUGAGUUGGAAAGUUGUGAUCAUGUACAAGCAGAGGAGUGUAAUUCUGAUGAAAUAUCUAGCACCGCUGUCGAUGAAGUUAUAUCUGGUGUUUCCAUGGAUCAUGGAACUGCUGUGACAGAUGACGCUGAACUCAGAUAUGAUACAGGAGGUGCAUCUCUUAGCGAAACUGCUGUUGAUCAAGGUGAAGCUGUCGCAUUGACUGAUAAUAAAGCUUCUGUUGUAGAUGAAGUUAAACCCUCUUCUGCCCCAGGAAGUGAAUCUGGUGAUGUUUCGCAAAUAGGCGAAUCACGUGAUUUGGUUACAGAUUGCCAAUCUAAUAAUGACCAGCCGGACAUUCUUGACGCAUCAACUACGCGCGAAGAGCUAGUUUCUCUGACUGAAUAUCCUUGCCUGCCAGUUGUUUCAUUGGAAUCUGGAGUUAAGGCUCCUCAUACGGACAAGGCGACCGCCACGUCAGAUGAGACAUCCAAAGAUACUGAAAAUAUAAAUGCAUGCAAUAUAUCUUCUACUGAGGUUGAAACCAAAUCUUUGGAAGUAGUGGAACCUUCAUCUGUUGACGGGGUAGUUCCAGUGGAACAUGAGAAUGAUGAUGAACAUGCACACAAAGGCAAGGAGAAGAUUGCUGAGGACUCCAGUGAGUCGCCUGUUGAACAGCCUGUUGAUCUUGAGAGUGACAAGGGAAAUAUACAGCUCAUGAGGCCACACAAGUUCUUCAUCGUAAAGGUUCCUAAACUUGCGGGCGAUGAUGUCUGGGCAAAGGUACAAGAUGCUCAAGUUCAUCUGGAUCGCCUGACUCAGGAAAGAGAUGCAAUUAAUGCUCGCAAGAAAAAGCAAAAGGCUGCCUUUGACGAGUAUCGGGAAAAGUUAGAGGCAGCACGGAAAGAAGAGGGUGAAGCGAGAGCUGCACAUGCUGGCAAGAGGAAUGUUCUUGAUGGUGUACGGUCAACUAUUGGGAAGUUGAAUCAAGCAACUUCAGUUGAAGAAAUUGAUGAGUUGAUCGUGAGGAAACAGAGGACUAUGGAACAUGAAACAAUUUCUUUGAAAGAAGAGAAGCUAUUCAUUAAAGAGAUUAAUGAUCUGAAAGCCCAAAGGAAGCAAGCGUGCUCCAAUAUGGGCUCAGAGGCUGAAAUGAGUGAAGCAUUCCAUCAAAAGGAUCACAUUCAUGAGCAACAUAAGACUUUGAAGAAGGAAGCAGAUUUACUUUUCAAAAAUCUGAAGUCCCUUGAGGAGAACAGAAAAAAGAUUCAAAAAUCUUUCGAGGAUGAAAGAGCUGCUCUCAGAAAGUUAAAUGAUGACUUGUAUGCUGCCAAUGAACUACGUCAACAGGCCUACGAGAAUUGGGUUGAGCUGAGAGGGGAACCGGGCAAGAAGAACAAGUACUUCUUCAUGUACAAGAAGGACCGCGAUGCUGCGGGCAAGCUCUUAUCAAGUGGUGACAUUGAUGGACUUCAGUCAUAUUGUAAUAAUCAGGUUGAGGGUUUUAUGGAGAUGUGGAACAAAGAUGAUGACUUCCGCAGGCUGUACGUUGAAGCAAACCAGAUUAGCACUCUGAGGAGAUUAGGUACCCAUGAUGGAAGAUCACUUGGUCCUGAUGAGGAGCCUCCCGUCAUUCCCAGUAACAAUUACAGUAGAAGACCCAACAAUCCAUCUCAACUCACUGUUUCAAGCCCAAACGUUCCCAUUACAACUAAAGAAGCAGCACCUGAAAAGUCUACUGCAGUUGUUGUCCCUGUAGAAGAGGAUUCCUUUCCUGUUUUACCACCAACCCAGACCCAUAAGCAGGCCAAACCAAAGGCAGCUGGUAGUGGUUCAUCCCAGAAAGAAAUAACCCCAGCUCCAGAGGUGGUAGAUGUCAAACAGAUUGAAAAGGAAAAGGCUCGUCUGGCGGAGGAGUUGGAGUUAGCAAGGAAGGCGGAGGAGUUGGCACGCAAGGAGGAGGAACUAAGAGCGCAGAGGGCUGCAGCUGAAAAGGAACGACUCCGCUUGGAGCAAAUAGCGAAAGCUAAGGAAGCUGAGGAAAGAAAGAAAAAGAAGGCAGAGAAGGCUCAGGAAAGGGCGGAGUUCAAAGCGCGCAAGGAAGCUGAGAUGAAGGAAAAGAAGAAAGCAAAGAAGUCUAAAAAGGUUGGCACUACACCAGCAGACUUAGCAAGUGGCCAGACCAACUCUGCAGCUAUACCUGCAGCAGACACUGAGAGCAACACACCCGAAAAUGGCAAGGAUCCUGAGGUUCCUCAACCACAACCCAUAAUCAUAAAGAGGAUCCCUAAACCAAUUGUGAGGCAGCUGCAGCCCAUGCCUGCUCCCCUGCGUAACAAGUUCAAAAGGAGAACGCGGCAGUACAUCUUCAUCGGAGUCGCAGUUGCCCUAGCUGUCGUCGCGUUGAUCCUGGCCGGCAGAACCUUAGACCUCCCUGGUCUAAGUUCUAUUCGCUUCUGAAUUAGUUAGUACUACCCCCUAUGGAUGGCGAGGCGUUCUGCGCACAUAUUCUUGAUCCACAGCCGUAGGGAGGUGGAGGUGUCUUCUGAUACAGGCCGGCAUAGUUGUUUUGCGGGAAACUUGGGUGCUCUGGCUAGACAUGGCUUAUUUUUUCUGUUUGAACCGUGGAUGUUGUUUUACUGUACCUAUUUACCUCAUAGAUCGUGUUGUGAGUGCAUUGUGGUAGACUUAUCAGAUGGUGGCGACAUAUAUUCGUUAAAGUGAACAUAUAAUAAUCUAUAUAGAUUUAUUUUGGACAUA